ACUCCGCAGCUGAGCCUCUGCUCCAUAUAAGUUGUUUUUACAGAGAUGCCUGGCCUUCUAAUAAGAUAGCCCUCAAUAUGAUGAAUUGCAAGACCCAGGAAAGAUCAAGAAGUCAAUAAUGGCAACCAAACGUCUGGCUUUAGAGCUUGGUUUGGUGCAGAAGAGGCAGACAAAGACUAGUGUCAUUAACAAAAUACCAAAAGCAAAACAAGAGUUUGACUACAUUGUUGUUUUGGAUUUUGAGUCAACGUGCUGGGAAAAUGGGCCGCGUCUCGGAGGGCAAGAGAUUAUCGAAUUUCCUGCUGUUCUUCUUGAUGUUUAUGACGGGAAGAUUGUGUCCGAGUUUCAGCAAUAUGUGAUGCCUACGGAACAGCCUGUUUUGUCGGCAUUUUGUACAAACCUGACAGGCAUAACACAGGAGCAGGUUGACAAUGGAAUUCCACUUGGUGCCUGUCUCUACAUGUUUUCAACAUGGAUUCGGAAGAUGAGUGAAGAGUACAAAGUAACAUUCAAUGCCAAUGUCUCUGGCAAACGUGCGACCUUUGCUACAUGGUCAGAUUGGGAUCUGGGUGUAUGUCUCCAGUAUGAAUGCCAAAGAAAAAACCUGAGAAAGCCUGAGUUUUUCAAUCAGUGGACAGACAUUCGUGCUGUUUAUAAGAAUUUUUACCAGCGACGUCCGCAGGGUCUUGCCGGGGCCCUUAAGGAUCUAGGAAUUGCAUUUGAAGGCAGAGAGCAUUCGGGGAUUUGUGAUACACGUAACACCGCUGCACUCGUUUCGCGUAUGGUGCGGGACGGGUGUGUCUUGACUAUCACCAAGACAAUAGGACCCAAAACUAAGGGAUUCUCCAUGAAAGCAGCAGCACAGAAAAUCUUCAACCAGGUGACAGCAAUAGGGAAGAGGAAGUGUGAUGGCAAUCAAGAAAACACUGGAUUAAAAAGAAAGCAAAAGACCCAAGACUUAGUUCCUGUACCUGAAGAAACAGCUAAUGCAAAACAAUUACAAAAUUCUUUGGUAGUGUAUCAGGACCAUUCUUCUUCAGUACUUGCAGAUGGAGCUGUACAAAGUUACAAAGAAAAAAGUUCAAGUGCCAUAAGUUUUGAUCUUGGCUUUCAGGAUAUCAUGGGUGAUACAGGAAAUGAGUUUGAAAAGAUAGAGCAGUGUGGAAAUAAGUCUUUUGUUAGUAAUGAUAAAAAUGAUAAAAAUAAUUCAAAUCAAGACGCAUCCUCUUCAAAUGGAGUGUUUAAAGUGCCAAAUCUUGCUCUUUGCAAAAUAAAAAGUUUAAUUUCAAAUACAUCUAAGACUUCAGCUAUUAAUAAUUCAAAAACACCUAAACAAUCUUCGGGUACACCAAAACUAUUAAAUCAUACCAGUAUUGAAACACCAGUGAGCUGCAAUAACAAUAGAAGAGAGGGUUUGUCAGAUAUGUCUACUAACGGCAUUCAGAAUAGUGAGUUAAAUAGAUCUGAAUUUAAUGUCUCAUUGUUUGAUGUUCAGGGUUUUAAAAAGACUCCUCCCCUGUGUGACUGUGGACGAAGAGCUAAGCUUCUCCUUGUGUCCAAACCAGGUCCUAACCAAGGAAGACAUUUUUUCUCAUGUCCCAAUGGAAAGUCUAAUCUGAAAAGAUGCUGUACUUUCUUCAAGUGGGAAAAUGAACCAUACAUAAAAUCAUCACCCAAAGGGAACAGUUUCAGGACACCAUUUGCAAAUCUGAAUAAUCAUCUUUUAUCUAAAACUUUACCAAUUCACAGAUCGAUGAACAAGCAAAAAACAUUAGGUAUUCGAAGGGUCUACAGUGAAGUAACUCAUAACAAGAGAUAUUAUGCACAAAAGGCCAAAUUUGGUGAAGGAACAUCUGCAGACUCUGUAUGUCAUGAUGAAAACUCUGCCGAUGUAUCAGUUCAAAUUACUCCAUACAUAGUGAAGACGAAGCAAAUGUGUAGCAGUAAUAACAAAUAAGUAUUACUGUAAAAUUUGUUCCUUUGUGUAAAGUAUCUGCAAAAAUAUGGGAUAACAUACAUGCAUGCCUGCAAAUAGAGAUAAAGCAUGAACUACCAUAUAUGUUUUGAUUUAAUGAUUUUAUGCAACAUUCAUUAAUUAAAAUAUGAUUGAUCCUUAAUUAUUUCUUUUAUAUGAUAUUUAAAUAUUAAAAGGUACUUCAAAGAAACAAUUAAAAGUCAAUUUGAUGAUAUAUAAGCUAUGCUGGAUGUUAAUAUUCUUUAAACAGUUCUGCAUAACCUGUUGCAUCACAGAGAAAAAGAAAUUUUCAGCUUAAUGUUUAAAGAUAUAAUAAAGAGGAGUGAUGAAAAUGUGGGUAAAUCUGUAACAAGUUAUUUUGACUUCAUAAGUGACAGAUGUAUACACCGUUUUCCUUUCUUUUCCUUUCCUUUCCUUUUUUCU